CAAUCCUCUGCUGACAUCGCAGCCUACAGCAUGUUUCCUUCUUGGUUCCUGCAAUCGAUCCUAUUGAUCGUGUUUAGAGGCUCCACAGCGUCAGGUGCUGGGGCUGAAGUACGAGGAAGAGUGGGUCAGAACAUCACUUUACCUUGUUAUUAUUCUACUAGUAAACAUGGAACCACAAGCAUGUGUUGGGGGCGAGGAGGUUGUCCUAGUUCUUGGUGUUCUACUGCAAUUAUCCGGACCGACGUACCUCAGAAGAUAUAUGGGCAGUCCAGCAAAUAUAAUCUAAUAAGAGACAUUCGUCAAGGAGAUGUGUCCUUGACCAUUACGAAUGUAACAGAAAAUGAUGCAGGGAUGUAUUGUUGCCGUGUGGAGAUAACAGGUCCAUUCAAUGAUCUGAAAAGACAUGUUAAAGUUGUGAUUCAGAAAGCUUUGCUUCAUUCAACUCCUGUACGCUCCACUGAAUCUUACUCUGCUUUGGAACCAAGAUGGACAACCAGUUUGGAAUCCUCACCAGAUAAUGUGUCUUUAUAUUUCCCCACAAUGGUAAAAGAGCAAAGGAAGGAUGAAACAUCUUGGUUAGGCCUAUAUGUUGGUAUUGGAACAUGUGGAGUGUUAUUAGUCACUGUGACUCUGCUAUUAAAGUGGUAUCUACACAGGAGGCAGAAGACCAGUAAUGCUACAAGCCAAUUAGCAUUCUCAGGUUCAGAGACCGGAGGGAUUCAGCAUGUCCUGGAAACUGGUGUCCAUGCAGCAGAAAAUAUCUAUGAGAUGAGAAUACUUUCAAGAAAGAUGGUUUCAGAAAAGCAAGUUUAUAUAUCAUGGGGUAAAAAUAUUCUUGAUUAUAUUCUUUUCUUCUCAGUGGGCACCUUAUCUCAAGCUGUAAUAAGAGGAGUGGUGGGCCAGGCUGUCACAUUGCCGUGCACCUACCACGUCCGACAGAGUAGUGACCUAACUCACAUGUGCUGGGGCCAAGGCAGUUGCCCAAAUUCGAAAUGCAGUAAUGAAAUUCUCAGUACGGAUGGAAGACGCGUGGUAUCACGGAAGUCAUAUAGGUACCGUCUGAAUGGAUACGUAACCAGAGGAGAUGUGUCCCUGACGAUUGCAAAUCUGAAUGAAGGAGACAAAGGAAUAUACUGCUGUCGUAUUGAAGUCCAGGGCUGGUUCAAUGACUUAAAAAAGACCUUGAAUUUACAGGUUGAUAAAGCAACCACCACAGCCCCCACUACUACUAUAACCACCACAUCUCAUAUGAUCACCACCACAGUUAACAUUGCCCCCUUAACAACUGCAGUUACUCACCCAAUAACCUCUCCUUUUCUGUCAACAACUAACCCUGCUUUACCUACAAUCUCUACUGCUACCAGUGUCCCAACAACGGACCCAUCUUCUGCGUCAACAGCCAUUGCUUUUCUUACAACUGCUCCUUCGUUUGUCAACAUAAAACCAUCACCAACUACUCUUCAGGAUUUGUCAACAAAAGAUGGCUGCAGUUCUUUUACCACAGAGACUGCCAUUCUCAAUACAGUGGCUAUGGCUCUCCCUACCACACUGCCGAGGUUUGAGGAGACUGAAAAUGCUGACAAUUGCACCGACUCAAAUAAGGACUCUUUUUCAGAAAUGGAUCUAGCUGUUGUGGAAAUGUGCAAAACUGUCACAAGAAGAAGGAAAGAGGGAAUGCAUCCCAUUGCUGUGGCAGACAGGCCAUUGGACGAGUAA